ACUCCCAAGCUCAAACAGUAUACAAGUAUAUAGUACGGCCUUUUGCAUCAGAAACGCGUCAUUUUCUCUUUCCUUUCUUCCUACUCCUCUCUCACUCCCAGCUCCACAACAAUGUGGUUACUGUAUUCUCUGUCUCUACUUCUCCUUCUCCUGCUAUUCACUUUAACAGAUCUCUCCUACUCCAUUGCUAUAAACACCUCCAUUGACUACCUCAAGCUUCCAUUGCUCCAUAGAACCCCAUUCACGUCCCCUUCUCAAGCCCUUUCUUUUGAUAUCCGCCGCCUCUCUCUACUCCACCACCACCACCAACGGCUCUCUUUCAAAUCCCCUGUAAUCUCUGGUGCUUCCUCUGGCUCUGGUCAGUACUUUGUCUCGUUACGCCUCGGUUCUCCCCCUCAGACUCUGCUCUUAGUUGCCGAUACAGGCAGCGAUCUUGUCUGGGUCAAAUGUUCCGCCUGCAAAAACUGUUCCAACUACGUCCCAGGAUCUGCAUUCCUGGCUCGCCACUCCUCCACAUUCUCCCCAAUUCACUGUUUCAACUCGCUGUGUCAAUUCGUUCCCCAACCCCGCCCCAAUCCUUGUAACCACUCUCGCUUACACAGUCCUUGUCGAUACGAGUAUUUAUACGGCGAUGGGUCAAAGACGAGUGGAUUCUUCUCCAGAGAAACCACAACGUUGAACACAAGCACUGGAAGAGAGAAAAGGCUGAAAAGUCUAGCAUUCGGGUGCGGGUUCCGGAUCUCGGGUCCUAGUCUUACGGGUGCGAGCUUCAAGGGCGCUCAUGGGGUAAUGGGUUUGGGUAGAGCACCCAUUUCGUUUUCUUCUCAGCUGGGUCGCCGUUUUGGCAACAAGUUCUCCUAUUGUCUCAUGGACUACACUCUCUCUCCGGCUCCCACCAGCUAUCUCAUGAUUGGCGGCAUCCAAAACAACGCGGUUUCGAAGAAGAGAAUCUUGAAAUUCACGCCAUUACAAGUAAAUCCUCAAGCACCCACAUUUUACUAUAUUGGUAUCAAGAGCGUCUCCGUUGACGGUGUAAAAUUGCCGAUUAAUUCCUCCGUUUGGUCAAUUGACGAGUUGGGUAACGGCGGUACGAUCAUUGAUUCAGGAACGACGUUGACUUUCAUAACGGAACCAGCUUACCGUGAGAUUCUAAGAGCGUUUAAACGCCAGAUUAAGUUACCAAGUGCAGCUGAGCUGACUCCGGGUUUCGAUCUUUGUGUGAAUGUGUCGGGCGUUUCAAGACCCACCAUGCCUAGAAUGAGUUUCGAACUUGAUGGUGACUCGGUGUUUUCGCCUCCAUCGAUGAACUACUUCGUCGAAACUGCUGACCGAGUUAAGUGCUUAGCGAUUCAACCCGUUAACGCAGAUGGCGAUUUCUCUGUGAUAGGGAAUCUGAUGCAACAAGGAUAUUUGUUGGAGUUCGAUAGAGACAAAUCACGGCUCGGUUUUUCACGUCGCGGCUGUGCUAUCCCCUGACAAUAAAACGGAGCGUUUUGAUUUUUGAUAUUAUUUUCAUUUUUGUUUCAUUUCAUUUCAUUGGAUUUUUAAUUGUCAAAUUGUUGCUAAAUAUAAAUUAAUAUUUGCGGA